AUGCCUGCUUUUGAUAUUUCUGAUAAUGCAUCUCGCGUUUUAUACAUUGCAACAGUUGUCUUAAACUGUUUUUUGAUUCACCUAACUGUAUAUCACACAAAACAAAUCAAUGGCGCUUAUCGAAGCAUGAUUGUGAUAUUCGCACUGAUGGGUCUUUGGUUUACUUCUCUAGAUAUUUUAGUGAGACCUUUGAUGCAUUCAUAUAACAGCUGCAUAAUGUACUUCACCCUGGGAGGUACAUUCCGUGGAUUGAAGAGAGCAGCGGAAGCUUCACUUUUAGUGUACUCUGCGAUGUACGGUAUUUUAAUCGCAUUCCUUUGCAUCCAGUUCAUAUAUCGCGCAUGCGUCCUUGCAAGGCCCAUUUGGUCAAAAAUAUUUGACGGCUGGAAGCUUAUUUACUGGUUGCUCUAUUGCUUAAUAAUUGGUGGCUUAUGGUCUUAUGCCACAUUUCUCUGCUCUUCCGAUACAAUGACAAAUAGAUAUAUGAGAAAUGAAAUUAGAUCCAACUAUGGAGUUGAUAUAAGAAAUGUGGCAUAUUUCGCACUUAUGGGUUAUAAUUAUAAUGGAACGGAAAAAACAUUACGUUGGAAUAGUGUGUCUACAUUCUCAAUGUUCGUAGUCAUUCUUCUGACCCAAUACGUUAUCUGUCUGGUAUGCGGUUUUAUUAUGUAUAGACGAAUUGAAGGAAAUGCAUCAUCGACUUCGAAUCAGUAUCAAAAACUUCAGCAUCAGUUUUUUAAGGCUUUAAUUUACCAGCUUGCUGCUCCAUGCAUAUGUUUCCACAUUCCUUCAUUUUUCUUCUACAUUGCACCAUUCUUUGAAUUAGAAAUCAGCUUCCGAUCAACUAUCAUCAUCUACGGAUUCAAUGUUUAUCCAUUAACCGAUUCACUAAUAUUGCUCACCGUAAUUUCGGAAUACAAAAUUGCAUUGAAAAGUGAGGAAAAUUGUUUAGGAGGUACACUGUCACUUGUGAGAUUGUUUUCUCAAUUGGUUCCUCUCUCAAUCAGUCGUUUGUAA